CCAGGUAGCGCGCUCUUAGCUCAUAGCCAUAGCAGUCCAGUUCAUCUGCUCCAUCUCGUUGCGUCUUCACUGAUGCAUACACCUUGUGCAUUCCGUGUUUUUUUCGCCAUUCAGUCCGGGUGUUUGACCCUUAGGAUGCGGCACAUCUCACGCGCAAAAUGAUAACAGUUCUUUCAGCUGAGGUGCACGGCUCCAUCGCGACGAUCCUCCAUGCCGUAUGCUCCCAAUUCCCUGGAUUCACGUGAAUUCUCAGUGACAUUAUGUCACACGACUGACUCAGUGCCUAUCUGCCAUAGUUGUGUGUUUUCAUCUCCAGUGGUUCCCUCUACGAGUGUUCGACGAUUUCGGAUCCAGACGAAUGUAUCCGAAUUCAAACGAGGCAAUAUCCUCUCAAAGCGGAACGACUCUCCGGAUCUUUCAUUCGAACGCGAUUGCGUCGCUGAUCUAAUAACGUGUCAAGACUAAAACGGCCAAUUCGCGGGAACAUGUGAGAGAACUUCAGAAGAAUGGUUCAACGUCUAAGUAAACAGCACUAUCUAGCAACACCAGGGCAGCUUGAUCCUUACCUCAACUCCCGACGGUAUAUGCAACACCAUUCAUUAAACAAAGGAUAUUCAACUGACGGUGAGGACAGCCAACGCUCAGAGCACACAGUGUCCGAGUACAUAACCUCCAAUGAGCGGAUGAACACGAUGGGUGGCGGGAAGAGAGAGACCCGGUCGCCGGAGAGGGUCCACGGGAAGCACUCGCGGUCUCGGAGCAGGAGCGGGAGCCGGGAGUACAUCCCGAGCCGGGCCAGCUCCCGCGGGAAGGAGUACUCUCAUCAGAGCCUCGGCAACGGGAUCAACGGGAUCAACGGGAUGAGAGGGCACGACGACCAGGACAGCUCGGACAUCUACGUCACUAGCGGUGCCUAUCGCGCCCCAUCCGAAUAUAGGUACAUGAAACAUGAGAAUAUCGCUUAUCGAACUGACUUUGAAAUCGAGAUCGACAACAGCCGUGGUUCACGUUACUCUCCUCAAAGCCGAGCGCCGAGCCGCUACUCGUACGUGAGUGGUCCUCCAGGCUCACAAAUCUCAGUGAAGACGAAAGUUAAGAGGAAGCCCGGCAUGACAAUAGAAACAAUGUCAGCUCCUAAUCCAUUCUGCCCCAAUACCAAGGGUAUCUGCUGCCUCAUGCUCCUCUUAAAUCUAGCCCUAAUUCUUAUUGCAUUGGGUUUUGUUAUCGUUGUACAAUUUUUCGAGCCGUUGUUCGUUUG